GUUUGAGUUGGAUUUAAAGAUGCUCGCAAUCAACGGGAUGUUGGGAAAUAGUUUAUUUAUGGCCACCACGCUGUGCUUUUGUGUCACAGCACAGAUGAUGCCGCAUAUGGGCUACUAUAUUGUAGUUAGGCAGGUGGAGUGUUCGGGCAAUCCAAAGUACAUAGCCCAAGCGAAUUGCAGCGCAGUGCCGCCACGGAAUCAAAGCAUCAACGCAGCACUGAUGCUAGUGCAGCACAUCACCAGCUUAACGGGCACCCUGAAGGUGUCCAUACCGAAGAGGAAUAAAAUGCACAAGAUAUUCGAGGUGUCGUUUGAGCUGUGCAAGCUGUUGCGGGAGCAAAAGAGAAAGACCCUAAUGGAGUUACUCAGUGCUAUGACCUGCCUGGGCAAUCGCACCAUUCAAUGCCCAAUAAAUGCAGGCUAUUACAGUGCGCGCAAUAUCACAAUCGUCGAGGCGUUGCCGCCCGUGCUUUCUGAGUCCGAUUUUCUAGUACGUAUCUAUUGGCUUUUGCCCAAAGUGGCGUCGGUGCUGAAUAUUACGGUCAUGGGGCGUUUGUAUGAAAAUGCCAAAGAACGUCCGAGGUGGAAGAAAUAUUUAUAA